GCUCCGGGAGCUCCGGGAGCUCCGGGAGCUCCGGGGCCGGUGCGACGGUGCCGGGGCCGCCGCCGCCGCCCAUGGAGCCCAACGGGACGGCGGCGGCGGGGGACAACGGGACGGCGGCGGCGGCGGCGGUGGGCGGCGGGGGUGCCCCCGGGAGCGGCCCCCUGCUCAUCCCGUCGGCCUUCGGGACGGUGCUGUCGGUGAUGUACGUGGCCGGGGUGGCCGGCAAUGUCUACACGCUGGUGGUGAUGUGCCACUCGGCGCGCUGCGCCGCCCCCAUGUACAGCUCCAUCGUCAGCCUGGCCCUGGCCGACCUGCUCUACCUCUCCACCAUCCCCUUCAUCGUCUGCACCUACCUGGCCCAGGACUGGUACUUCGGGGACCUGGGCUGCCGCAUCCUGCUCAGCCUGGACCUGCUCACCAUGCACGCCAGCAUCUUCACGCUCACCCUCAUGUGCACCGAGCGCUACCUGGCCGUCACCCGGCCCCUGGACACCCUGAAGCGCUCGCGGGGCUACCGCAAGGUGACGGCGGGGGCCGUGUGGUCGGUGUCGCUGCUGCUCACGCUGCCCAUGAUGCUGAUGGUCACGCUGACCGAGGGGGGCAAGGCGGAGGGCAAGGUGAAGAGGAUGUGUGCGCCCACCUGGAGCGUGGACGCCUACCGCACCUACCUGACCGUGCUCUUCAGCACCAGCAUCAUGGCCCCGGGCAUCAUCAUCGGCUUCCUGUACACACGCCUGGCCAGGACCUACCUGGAGUCCCAGAGGAACCCCCCGCACAAGGAGAAGAGCAAGAGGUCCCCCCGGCAGAAGGUCCUCAUCAUGAUUUUCAGCAUCGUGCUGGUCUUCUGGGCCUGCUUCCUGCCCUUCUGGAUCUGGCAGCUGGUGCGCCUCUACAGCAGCUCGCUGCAGCUCACCACCCAAACCCAAAAGUGCAUUAACUACCUGGUGACCUGCCUGACCUACAGCAACAGCUGCAUCAACCCCUUCCUCUACACCCUGCUCACCAAAAACUACCGCGAGUACCUGCGCAACAGGCACCGCAACUUCUACAGGUUCACCUCCUCCUUCCGCAAGAGGGGCUCCAACCUGCAGUGCUCCUGGGGCCGCUCCAUGUCCUCCAGCAACCAGUACGACUACAGCUCCGAGGCGCUGGGCAUGGCCACGCUGAAGGACAAGUGAGGAGGAGGAGGAGGAGGCGCUGCCAGCACGCCAGGACCAGCAGAGCGUCCGGCCAAGCGAGGGGCCAGAAGUUGUGUGAAUCCAAACGCUGCGAGAUGAGUCUGGAGUUCCAUCUGGCUGAGGGGUGUUGGGGAUGUCCUGCCGGGAGCCAGCAGCUGUUUGGGACAAAUCCCGCGGGGUGUGGGGUGCAGAAGAUGAGGUGGAUGCUCUGCUCGGCGCUGCCACAAACCGGUUUCACGCCUGGCUGAGUUUCGGCUCCAGCUCCGCUCAUCGUUUCUCUCUGGGGUUUCUCCUGGGGCUGCAGCUGGGUCAGAGCUGCAGGAAUCUGAAAUUGGCCCAGGAUCACUUAACUGAGCUGCCGGCCUCGGGUUUGCCCUGUGUGCUACCGUUGUCUGUUUCUGGAGCGUGUAAAGAGACUUCUAAGCCCCUUUUCCUAUUUCCUGUGCACUACUGUUCUAUCAAGCUUAAAGUCUCUAUUUUAAAAUUCAUUGCAGCAGCACUUUGAACUCCAAGCGUUCAAAAACCACCAGGUAAGCUGUUAGAAACCACAGGAUUACCUAAAAAAAAAAUUAAAACCCUUGUAAUUUUUUAAGGUUUCUGCCUAAGGUGGUUUGAAUUUGCCAUUGAUUUUUUCUUCUUGAAAAAGUUGGUCCUUUUCUUAAAAGUCAACAGAGCUUGACAAACCUUGGAAGAAAAAUGUACCCGAAAAUUUACCUUGGAAGAAAUAAAAUAUUAUUUAUAAUCCUAUCACUCAAAGACCUGAGGCUCUAAGAAAAAUGACUGAAUGCUAUACCAUGAAACUCAUCAUAAAAGGGACACAUUUUUUCAUGACAUUUGAUCCAAACUGUUUUGCCUCAAUGUAUUCUGCUCAUUUUCUCCCUGCUUGGCAUCUCACAGUAAACCUUCAGCACAGAUCCUGGAGAUGCCUGUGAGCACUUAAACAAUUGUAAAGUGUCAGUUUAUAAAUAAAUGCUUAUUAAAAACAGAUCCUCCUCAGGUUUCCCCUUGCCUGGUCUCUUCACCCAGCUCAGGGGGGUGUUUAUCAGGGCAGAUGUGCAAAUAGCAGUUUCCAGCUGGGGGAGAUGAAAUUGGGGUCAAUAUUCUCCUUUCUUGUUCUGGGACAGACUCUGGGGAUAAAAGCACAGUACUUGUUGCACAAACUCCUGCCAGCAGCUGGUGAUGCCCACGGAGUUCAGAAGCAGCAGCAGUGUAAGGAGCUGUCAUUAACACUUUUUAUUACUUAUUCCAGCCCCAUCUGCCUGAGCAGUCCCACUCCAGCCCUGCAGUGCUGCAUUCCCAUCCUUGGGUGCUCCUCUCGUGUCCCACACCAAACCUCAGGGUGUGCUUGUGCCACAGCAGGGACAGCAAGUGCCAACAGCACAGAGAGCAGGGAACAGGCACAGGACAACGCUGGGAUUUAUGCUCCCAGACAACAGAAAAAGGCACAGGUUGGAUGAAGGUGUUUCUGUGCUGGAGUCGGCAUUCUCCUGGGAUGCUUUCUGUGCCCAUAUUGCUUUUAACCACAGGAGUGUUAAAAGAGUUUCAGAUCUCUGAAACACCAGUGAUCACUUGGUCAUAUUCCAGUGUUGCACAGACUCCAAGCUGGGCAUCAUCAACAGUCCUAAUGUUGUCCAUUCCUUCUGAAAUAGGGGGACUAACACACAAUUCGUGGUGGGAACUGGCAGGGAGGGCAGGAUUCAGCAGAUUUUCAGAACAACUUCUCAGAAAUUGUUUAAUUAUUAAUUCUAAACUCGUUGUUACUUUCCCUUCGGCUCCCAUUUCCAAGGCUGGAAGUCUCUCCCAUUUCAGAAUUAAAAAGAUAAGACAGAACUCAGAAGGCUUUUUGGGAAGGCUGGAGUGUGAAUGUCCUGUGCAAAGUGUGUCUGGACAGAAGUCCUGGCAGAACCAGGCAUGGCUGCAUCCCAUGAGCAGGACAGGGAUCAAAAAGAGUUUUAGGGACUUUGUUUUGUACUUUGAAAAAAUAAAAAAAAAAAAAGCUGAACAGCCUAAACCCACAGCUAUUAAUAAGAGGGGGAAGCAGAAAAGGACUCCUGCAUAGAACAAAAAAAGGUGGAAAUGCAGAGCAGAUGGGCUCUUCAGUUGUAAGAUAAUGUGGGGAUGAGCAAACAGAGGGGUUUCUUUGGGAUACACUUCCCAAGACACCUCUGAGUCCCAGUUUAUAAAGUGUCAGUUUAUAAAUAAAUGCUUAUUAAAAACAGCUCCUCCUCAGUUUCCCCUUGCCUGGUCUCUUCACCCAGCUCAGGGGGGUGUUUAUCAGGGCAGAUGUGCAAAUAGCAGUUUCCACCUGGGGGAGAUGAAGUUGGGGUCAAUAUUUUUCUUUCUUGUUUUUUUUUCUAAAUUUCUAAACCAAAUUAAUCUGGUGGCUCACCUGGGAAGGGGAUUGCUGCUGCCUGCCUGGGAUGGCACAAAUUGAGGUUUCCUGUGAGGGGUGCCUUCACCUGCUGCUCACCCAGAGGAAUUUGGGGAGGGUGCUGCUUUGGGCUGGAUCUCAGCAUUCCUGUGUGCACAGCUCCUGGAAGGCACCUCAGGCUGCUUCCUGCUUGAGGGAGAGUUUUUACCUGUCCUCAGCACUGAAAAGGAAGAGUUGGGAUCUCCAAAUUAAUGAGAUUAAAAGCAUUUUAUGUCCCCAGCCACAGAGGUUACAGAAGUGUGUGAAAAUUGAGAUAACCAGAAUCUGGAAGAGAUUUUUUUGCAAAUUCUGUGUUUGGUGUCUCUUCAGGUAAAUCUGAAGCAUCUCAGGCAGGGCUGAGUAACAACAGGGAAGUCAGAGGGGAUGUAGCUGAAAAACAACAUGUGGAGAGUUCCUUGAAAACUGUUUUAUUUUGGCUAUUUGGCAUUCCAGGAAAUCAGGUUCUGUGUACCCUGGGGUCACUUGUCGUACCUAAAUCAUGGUAAUCCUGUGGUUCUUAAUGCUUUGGGUGUUUUUGUUACAAAUGAAAUGUUACUGCAGGCUCAGUGGCACAGUUCCUUCUUCAGAAACAUGGGAAAUGGGAAUUUUAGGAAAGGCAGCAGCCUUUUUCUUGUUGGGCCAGAGGCUGUCACUGCAAAACUCCAUUCAUGCUUUACAAGAAAGAAAAUUAUUUAAUCACUAGAGAUUUUUUUUUCCAAUGCCCCUGAGGAUUUAAGGGUUUAUACCAAAAAAAACCAAGCCAGAGUGGGAAAGAGAAGCAGUUUCAUCCUGUCUCCUUCCUUUCUGGUGGAUCUCCUCAGCUGGGAGCUGCUGCAGCAAUGGCAAUUUUUCCACUUUCACUUGAAAAGACAAAGAGCCACCAAAAGAGAGGGGACUUGAUGAGCAUUUUGCACCUUGAGCUGCAAGGUGACACAGUGGGGUUAACUGUGGGGAAUGGAGGAAUGACAGAGAUCAUAAUUUAUUAUAAUCUAUUAUAAUCUAAUAUAAUCUGUUAUAAUCUAAUAUAGUCUAUUAUAAUAUAUUAUAUUCUACAUAUAAUAGUAUAUAUUACAAUAUUAUAAUAUAG